AUGACUGUUCCAGUGGUAAAUGGUAGUUCGUGUCUAUCAUUGUACGGAAAGAAUAGGGACUUAAUAUUACAGGCGAUUAAUUUUUACACCAAUGUGGUUGGGUUGACCAAAGAUUCCGAGGAGUCGGGGUCGGUGUAUUUGAGAUCCAACAACUCGAAGGUGGUUAUCAAGUUGGAGGAAUCGGACGAAGCUCUUUCUGGUAGCGAGGUCAAGCAGUUCACCGAGGGCUUGGUAUCCCUGUUGGGUGUGAAUGACUGGAGAUCAAUUGAGUCGUGCAUUACUUUGAUGGUGAAGGAUUUGAACCAGUUGGUGGUUGCGUUGGAGGAGAACAAUUAUCCGGUACAAAUAUCUCCUAAUGAAUUGUAUCCGGAUGAAGUGUACACUGUUGAUCCGCUUGGGAACGUAGUUGGAUUUACGGUGUGUUUCAAUCCGUUAACGGUGAAUCCUCCUGUCAAGAAGUUGGCGCCAUGGAACCCAGAACAAGACACCAUGUCAGCUUCGACCUCUGAAUUCUCCAAAAUUGGCGAAAAUGGCGGUUCAUCCAAGAAAAGAAGAAACAUUGCUGUGAUGACUUCAGGUGGUGAUGCUCCAGGUAUGAAUGCAGUGGUGUUCGCCGUUGUUAGAGCCGCGAUUUUUAGAGGAUCCAAGGCCUUCUGUGUUAUGGAAGGAUAUGAAGGUUUGAUCAGGGGUGGUUCCGAAUACAUUAAGGAGAUGCAUUGGCAAGAUGUUAGAAGUUAUCUUUCAGAAGGUGGUACCAAUAUUGGUACUGCUAGAUGUAUGGCCUUUAAAGAAAGACAAGGUAGAUUGACUGCUUGUAAACAUUUAAUUGAAAGUGGUAUCGACGCCUUGAUUGUAUGUGGUGGUGACGGUUCGUUAACUGGUGCUGAUUUAUUUAGAAAGGAAUGGCCAUCGUUGAUUAAAGAAUUGAAGGAUACUAACGCUAUAAACGAAGAAAAAUACGAAACCUAUAAGCAUCUUAAUAUAUGUGGUGUCGUUGGUUCUAUUGAUAACGAUAUGGCAACAACUGAUGCUACUGUUGGUGCUUAUUCAUCGUUGGCUAGAAUCUGUCAAGCGAUUGAUUACAUUGACGCCACUGCUAAUUCUCACUCUAGAGCUUUUGUUGUUGAAGUCAUGGGUAGGCAUUGUGGUUGGUUAGCUUUAAUGGCGGGUAUAGCCACAAGCGCCGAUUAUAUCUUGAUUCCAGAAAAGCCUGCGUCUUCGAAGGAUUGGCAAGAGCAAAUGUGUGAAAUUGUUCAAAAGCACAGAGCUAAAGGUAAGAGAAAGACGAUUGUUAUCAUCGCUGAAGGUGCAAUCACAUUGGACUUGAAGCCUAUUUCAUCAAAUGAUGUGAAAGAUAUUCUUGUUAACAGAUUAGGAUUGGAUACCAGAGUAACCGUUUUGGGUCACGUUCAAAGAGGUGGUACUGCUGUUGCAUAUGAUCGUAUUAUUGGUACCUUACAAGGUGUCGAGGCUGUCAAAGCGGUCCUUGACUGUACACCGCAAACACCAUCUCCAUUGAUUGCCAUCACAGAAAAUAAGGUUGUAAGAAAAUCAUUAGUGGAAGCGGUGGAGAUUACUAAGUCUGUCGCUACAGCCAUUGAAGAACGUGAUUUUGAGAAGGCUAUGUCAUUAAGGGAAACAGAGUUUGUCGAACACUUGAAUAAUUUCAUGUCCAUGAAUAGUGCAAACCACAACGAGCCAACCUUACCUAUUGAAAAAAGAAAGAAGAUUGCUAUAAUAAAUAUAGGUGCACCUGCUGGAGGGAUGAACAGUGCAGUCUAUUCCAUGGCGACGUAUUGUAUGUCAAGAGGACAUAUUCCAUAUGCUAUUUACAAUGGGUUUACAGGAUUAUCAAGACAUGAAUCUGUGAGACUGAUGGAUUGGUUGGAUAUUGAAGGAUGGACAUCAGUUGGUGGAUCAGAAAUUGGUACCAAUAGAGCAACUCCAGAUGAGACUGACAUAGGAAUGAUUGCAUACUAUUUUGAAAAAUAUCAAUUUGAUGGAUUAAUACUAGUAGGAGGUUUUGAAGCUUUCGUUUCGUUGGACCAGUUGGAAAAGGCAAGAUCGAUGUAUCCCGCAUUUAGAAUUCCAAUGGUUUUAAUUCCCGCGACUAUUUCAAACAAUGUACCAGGAACUGAAUAUUCGUUAGGUUCAGACACAUGUUUGAAUGCCUUAAUGGAAUACUGUGACGUGGUUAAACUUUCAGCAUCCGCUACAAGAGGACGUGUAUUUAUUAUUGAGGUUCAGGGUGGCAAUUCGGGCUAUAUUGCUACAUUUGCGUCUUUAGUUUCAGGUGCACAAGCUUCUUAUGUUCCAGAAGAAGGCAUAGCAUUAGGACAAUUGGAAAUGGAUAUCAGUUCGUUAAAGGAGGCAUUUUCAAUUGAAAGAGGUAUUUCUAAGGCGGGUAAAUUACUCUUGAAAAGUACUAAUGCUUCAAAAGUAUUAACUACUCAAGUUCUUGCAAAUGUCAUUAACCAGGAGGCUAAUGGAGAAUUUGAUGCUAAGACUGCUAUUCCGGGUCAUGUUCAACAAGGUGGCUUACCUUCUCCAAUUGACAGAACCAGAGGUGCUAGAUUUGCCAUCAAAGCAGUACAAUACAUCGAAGACACCUUUGAUGAUAUCCGCCCAUAUAGAUAUGAAAUGAACUUUCCAACUGAUAAUAAGAAGGUGCAAGCUACGGCUGCUGUAUUGGGAGUUGAAUCUUCUCACUUGAAAUUUAGAUCCAUUAGAAAGCUUUACGAUUUUGAAACGGAACUUAAUAAGAGAAUGCCUAAGAAAAUUUCUUGGAACGAAGUAAGAGAUAUUGCUGACCAGUUAGUAGGUAGAACUCGCAUACAAAAAUAA